UCAGGCGGCGAGGGCGGCGAGGGCGGCGGCGUUUCCUGCCUCCAUCUUGGGCGCCGCGGCCGCGGGCGGAAGGUGGGCUGCUGGGCGCGGGCGUCCCUGCCAGCCCCGGCUGGCUCUGCCCGCCGCCGACGGUUGGGGAGCGGUGCGAAAGGCCGUGUCGUCUUGCCUUGAAAUGGACUCGUUGAUAUCAGCCGAAUUGAUACGGAGCCCUUGGACUUGGGACCCUGGAGGAGUGGCACCUCUGUCCCCUGGCGUCCUCUUCGGCUGAGCCAUGGCGACCCCGGAUGUGAGUGUGCACAUGGAGGAGGUGGUGGUGGUGACGACACCUGAUACCGCGGGCGACGGUGUAGAGGAGGUGAAAACAGUGCUGGUGACAACCAACCUGGCCCCACAUGGGGGCGACCUGACGGAGGACAGCAUGGAGACAGAGAAUGCCGCAGCGGCCGCAGCUGCUGCCUUCACAGCCUCCUCGCAGCUCAAGGAGGCUGUCUUAGAAGUGAAGGUGGCUGAAGAGGAGGAGAGCCUGGAGGCUGAGGUGGUGUACCCCAUCACCUGCGGGGACAGCAGGGCCAACCUGAUCUGGAGGAAGUUCGUGUGCCCCGGCAUCAAUGUGAAGUGUGUCCAGUACGACGAGCACGUCAUCAGCCCGAAGGAGUUUGUCCACCUAGCCGGCAAGUCCACCCUGAAGGACUGGAAGCGGGCCAUCCGCAUGAACGGCAUCAUGCUCCGGAAGAUCAUGGACUCUGGGGAGCUGGACUUCUUCCAGCACGACAAAGUCUGCUCCAAUACCUGCCGCAGCACCAAGAUUGACCUGUCGGGGGCCCGCGUGUCCCUGAGCAGCCCCACGUCAGCCGAGUAUAUCCCGCUCACGCCGGCCGCGGCCGAUGUGAACGGCUCUCCUGCGACCAUUACAAUUGAGACCUGCGAGGACCCUGGAGACUGGACCACGUCCAUCGGGGACGACACGUUCGCCUUCUGGCGGGGGCUGAAGGAUGCUGGGCUACUGGACGAGGUCAUCCAGGAGUUCCACCAGGAGCUGGUGGGGACCAUGAGGGGCCUUCAGCAGCGUGCCCAGGACCCCCCACUGCAGCUCCGAGAUGCAGUCCUCCUUAACAACAUCGUGCAGAACUUUGGCAUGCUGGAUCUGGUGAAGAAGGUGCUAGCCAGUCACAAGUGCCAGAUGGACCGGUCCCGAGAGCAGUAUGCCCGUGACCUGGCAGCCCUGGAGCAGCAGUGUGACGAGCACCGGAAGCGGGCCAAGGAGCUGAAGCACAAGUCCCAGCACCUGAGCAACGUGCUCAUGACACUGACGCCCGUGUCCCUACCGCCUCCCGGGAAGCGGCCCCGGCUGGCGCGUGCCACAUCAGGGCCGGCUGCCAUCGCCUCCCAGGUGCUGGCGCCGUCCGCGCAGAUCGCCCUCGCCCAGGGCGUGCCUGUCUCCCAGCUGGCCAGCGUGCCGCUCGGCAAAGUGGUGUCUGCCCUGCCCGCCCCCGCCCUGAGCAAGGGCCCCUUGCAGGCCCCACCCGCCAGCGCCCCGGCCUCCCCGCUGCUGGGGGGCUACACUGUACUGGCCUCCUCGGGCGCCACCUUCCCCAGUGCCGUGGAGGUGCACCCGGACGCAUCGAGCCUCACAGUCCUGAGCACAGCCGCCCUGCAGGACGGCAGCACGGUGGUCAAGGUGGUGAGCCCACUGCAGCUGCUCACGCUGCCCAGCCUGGGUCCAGCCGUGCAGAACGUGGCCCAGCUGUCCCCUGGGGGCGGCACGAUCGUAACAGUGCCCACAGGGGCCGUCGAGGGCACCAUGGCCGCCCCAGGGCCCGAGGAGCACACAGCAACUAUUGAGGUGGCCGCCGUGGCAGAGGACCACGAGCAGAAGUAGUGGACACGGUUAGGCCGCUUGGGGGCGGGCGGGCCUCCUCUCCUGAAGCACAGGUGCUGGUGUGCUCGGCGGUGGGGGUCAGAGUACCCGAGGGCUGCUGAACCAAAGAGGAGACACCAAAAGAGGAGAGAAAAAGGGGCGCACGUAUGCCCACUUGUGAACUCAGUCUGCAAGGCCGAACGCCCCCUUUUUUUGGGAAAUACAUUUUUCCACCUGUUGCUUAUUAAUGCUGUUUACACGUGGGCUUCAGCAGAUCCACGGGAGGUGCCAAGCAGGAGGGCAAGGGAUGGCAGGUGGCAGCCAGGCCACAGAGGAGGCCCGAGCUCCCCGCGGCCCCAGCAGCACUGCCCCGCCGGGCCCGUUGGGGCCCGAGCCAGCCAGGGGAAGGGACUUUAUGACACAUGUCUUGGGAACAAGCCCAAGUGUGGACACUGGAUCCUAUGGAUUUGGUUCUUCCCCUGUCUGUCGGCUGCAGCAGUGUGGUGGCGUGUCCUCCACUCUGAGGACACCUGUGGCCAGCAGGUCCCUAUGUGCUCAGGGCCUGGGGCUGUGACCCCAACAGAAAGCUGUGGGUUGGGCCUCCCUCCACCCGGCACGCGGGGCGCCGCUGCACAAGAACUGUGAGUAUUUUUAAGUGAAUUCCUUCAGCUUUUAGGAAGAGUCAAACGAAUGCAUUUUCGACCAAAAUAACGCUGAGUGCCUCCUCUCCCCACUCCCGCCCCCAUCACUCUCGCUUCCAGUGCUGUAGGGAGCGGCCCCUGGGUGCUGCACCCACUGGUGCUGGGCGAGCUUGGCCGCUGUGGGAGGUGGUAGCUCCUGUGCCUGCCCACCGCCCUCAGCUGGGCCUCAUGAACAGAGCCGAUAGGUGGAGGGUUCGGGGGCACAGUGCCCGUUCAGACCUGGGGAGGCCCCGAGGACAUGGUGCCAUCCGGCCGGACUCCAGAGCCUGGGCCACAGGCUCCGCAUGGCAGCCCUGCUCCUGAGUGGCUUGGAUUCCUGCCUCCCAGCCCUCCAGCGCCUUUCCCGCUGGGCGGCGAGGCGGGGGACGCGGCACGGAGCCGUCAAGUCCGCUGAGAACCCAGGUCUCGUGCCGUCUCCAGCAUGUCAUGUCGUGGCCACUGGUCUUUGGGACAGGCCUGGCGCCCCAUCCCACAGCUCUGCGGGGGUGGGCUGUGACAGUCGGGCUGGACACAAGGUCGUCCUGUUACCCACAGCAGUCUGGCGUUAGUUGUCAUCUGUCCGUCUUCCUGUCACUUGCCCUUACGUGCACUCAUCCCACCGAGCGCCCCAGACCCUCCUCAGCCUGCCUUGUGACCCAGGCCCAGCCCCCCAUGUCAAGCUACUGAGGUUCUGCUUUUUGUCUUGUUUCCUGUUACAUGUUUGUCAUCGUUGUGAGUCAGCUGGUGUCAGGGCGAUGUUGACUUGGUUGUGUGCAUCCUCAUUUCCUAGAACUCAGUUUUACUUGGUUUGAGAAUUCUGUUACAUGUGGUUUUGGGGCCCACAGGCUGAUUCUCCCAGACAGCCCUUCUGCCCCACCCCUGAGGCCUCAGCACGCACCAGCUCAGACCAUGUUAAAAACACCUUGCAAAUAAAGAUGCUUCUUACCCUGGGAACUCUCCCUUGUCAAACUCCAACAGCCUGGCUUUCUAGACCUGACAUGGUUGCUAGGUUGGGUUUUAGGUGGAGCCUGGGUUAGUCUUCCUCUUUCAAGAGCCAGGUUGGGUUCCUCUUCUGCCCCUGUCCCUUAGGCUAUUGAGGCACUGGAGGUUAAUGUCAGGGUCAAAGGUAUGCCAGAGACAAGCUUUGGGGUUGACCCCUAGUGAUGUGUCCCAGCCUCAGCGCCCUGGGAGGUCCUGGCAGCAUGCCCUGAGGCCCCAGGAGCAGGUUCUGUCCUGCAGGUCUGCUGGCCCCACCACCCCAAGGAACCCACCCUCUGCUGAGCAGGAGGCAGCUCUAUAAGCGCUGGCAGCCUGGUCCCUGGGUCUGGGCCCCUCCCCUGUGUCUCCCCACUUCCUCCUGCGACCCCCGGAGUCCCAGCUGGUCCAGGCUGGCGAAGACCCAGGGGAGGAGCCUUUGGGAUCGCAUACAGAAGACGGCUUUUUAGUUAAGAGCUUUGGGUUUGUGUUACAGGGAAGAGGGAUUGCACUGGGCUUUGCAGAGUGAGCCCCUCUCCUCAGGGCCUGCUCCGAGGCCGCGGGCCGGCGGUGCUCCGAGCCACUUUGUACGCCAUUUUGUUAGUACCUGCUUGGCGUUUUGGUUUCAAAUAAAAGCGUAUUUCCUAACCGGUUGUCCGCCUCUUGCAAGGGAACAGUGUGACCUGGAGCAGGUCCUGGUGUCUGUCGUCACCUGCAGCGGCU